UACUUUUAUUCUAACCUAAGUUUCAACGCAACAAAAUUAAUAAAUAUAUCCAUGUUAAACAUACAUAUUUUUUUCUAAGUAUGUGAUCACAAUAAAGCGCAGGUUUACCAUGAAUUUUAAAACAAUAUACAGAUCGUUAUCAUUUCAUAGAGCCCUUCAUAAAAAAAUCACAACGAACACAUUGAGCUCAAAGAACUUAAAAUCGAGUUCAAAACAAUGGCUCGCUCGUCAGUUAUCCGAUCCUUACGUAGAAAAAGCGAGAACGAUGAAUUUGAGGUGUCGUAGUGCUUUUAAAUUAAUAGAAAUGGAUGACAGGUUUAAGUUUUUGGCCCCUGGUCAGAUUGUUAUUGACUGUGGGGCCUCACCAGGUUCUUGGACGCAAGUUGCAGUGCAAAGAGUCAAUGCAAAUCAAUCUCAAACAUCCCAACCUGUUGGUAAAGUGUUUGCCAUUGAUAAACAACAGAUUUUUCCUAUUCAAGCAAGGAGCAACAACAUUCGGUAACAUGGAUUUUACAUUAGAUGAGUCGCAGAACAUCCUGAAAACAGCUCUGAACAAUCUGAAAGCAAAUGUAGUGUUAUCAGAUAUGGCACCAAGUGCUACAGGUAUUUCAAGUUUGGACACUGAAAAUAUUAUUAAUUUGUGCUACAGUGUGUUAAGAUUUGCUGUACAAAUGACUCAAGUUGGUGGUACCAUAUUAGUCAAACUGUGGCAAUGUGGAGAAACAAAACAACUAGAAACAGACAUUGGACGAUAUUAUAAAAUGGUCAGAAUUGUUAAACCAAAUUCCAGCAGAGCUGAUUCAGCUGAGAUUUUUAUUCUAGGCAGAGAAUUUAAAGGGCUUAAGGUUAGUUGAAAUUAUGCAAUAAAAUUAUAAAAAAUAGUAAA